AUGCUCUUUGGUGACUUCUCAGACUCUCCUGGAGGCAAGACCAGGUCACAGCUAUGGUUCUCAAAGUGUGGUCCUUGGACAAACAGCAUCUCCGUCCUUGGGAACCCCUUAGAAAUGCACAUUCUUGGGCCCACCUUGCCAGCAGCUCGGGGGAAGACGCUCAGCAGUCUAUUUUACAAGGUCCUGUGGCUUCUCACUCCCGUGUCUGUGUCCACAGAUGAGUUCACGGUCACGGGCCCCUCGGACCCUGUUGUGACAGUGCUGGGUGGAAGUGCCAUGCUGCCCUGCUCCCUGUUCCCACCCAUGAGCGCAGUGACUAUGGAACUGCGGUGGUUCCGCACCAAGUUCUCGGAAGUGGUGUUCAGCUUUCGGGACCAACAGGAGCAGAAGGAGGAGCAGAUGGCCCAGUACGCAGGGCGGGCCUCGCUGGUGAGAGACCUCCUCGCCCAGGGGGCAGCUGCCGUGCGCAUCCACAACGUCCGGGUUUCCGAUGACGGGCUGUACACCUGCUUCUUCAAAAAGGGAGGUUUCUACGAAGAGGCCAACUUGGAACUGAAGGUGGCAGGAAGGAGGUGUUCAGCCGACAGCAUCUCCGAGGGCCGAGAGCUCCUCACAGGGAGCACCCAGUAUGAUGUCCCCGAGGUGGAGCACGGGGGAGAGAAGCUCCUGGCCUUGUCUGAGACCCACGCCCAGGACCCCGAGGGGCUGUUCCACGUGGAGGCCGCCCUGGUGGUGAGAGACAGCUCUGCGGGGAACGUGACCUGCUCCAUCCUCAACCCGGUCCUGGGCCAGGAGAGGACCACGGCCAUCUUCAUCCCAGGGCCCUUCUUCCCUCAGGCCUCUCCCUGGAAACCAGCUUUUGUCGUGAACCUGACUGUGCUGGGGCUCCUGCUCUGUGGGGCUGGCUGUUUCCUGAAGAGAGAACGUUCCGCAAAGUUGCAGGAGCAGCAGGAACGGAAGAGGGUGCGGUUGGAAAAGGAGGAGGCCCAGCAGGCAAAGGAGGAGGCGCUGAAGUGGAGCGCCUGGAAGAAGGCCCAGCUGUACGGGGACUGGCGGAAGGAGCAGUUCCAGGCCUGGGCUGUCACUCUGGAUCCACAUUCUGCCCAUCCUGACCUUGCUGUCUCUCAUGAAAGGACGAGUGUGACCAAGAAGGACACCCGUGAGGACUCAAGUACUGUCUCCAGCGUGCUGGGCCUCGAGGGCAUCAUGUCCAGGCGCUGUUACUGGGAGGUGGAGAUCAGGAAUGCAGACAGCACUGAGUGGGCUCUGGGGGUCUGCAGGGAAGAUGCGAAAAGGACAGGCUGGUACAGAGAGUCUCCAGAUACAGGGUUCUGGGUGGUGGGGAGGUUUGAAGGUGGAUAUUGUGCCUGCACUAAAUCACAAUCUUGGCUGUCCCUUAGGCAGCCUCCCCACAGGGUGGGCGUGUUCGUGGACUACAGAGAGGGGGACGUCUCCUUCUACAACAUGACUGACGGGUCCCACAUUUUCUCUUCCCCUCCGGCUUCCUUCUCUGGGCCUCUUUCUCCUUCUGCUUUGGAGCCCAUCAAACCCUCAGGGGAGCUCACACCCUUGCUUGGCACAGACUCAGGGCUGAAUUGCCAUCACUCCCCUGACAUUUUAAGGCUGGGAUUCCCACAGGGCCCCACCCCUAUCCCUGAGCCACCCCCUCCUCCUCCUGAGGUCGCAGACCCCUGUGGGAAGAGCCUCUGA